AAAACAUGAAGUCUGGUGGUACCUAACUGUGCCCAAGUGUCGUCUGUUAGUUGUCAUGACAGCAUUAUGCACCCUAGCAUAUACUACGGGGGAACUACAAAAUACUGGCGACGUGUGUCUAUACCACUGGAUAAUCUUUAUGUUUGCGGCACCCUGAGAUUUCGCUGGUACCAGGGUUUCAUACCUGAUGAAGACUUUGGACCUGAGUGGGCGAUAGACAAUGUGUUCAUAGGGAUGGCUUGCAUGCAGCAAUGUCUUGGACAUGGUGACUGCAAUGGCAGCAUGAUAUGUUCAUGCGAUGCUGGUUACCACGGUGAUGCUUGCCAGUCCAACCAAUCACUGCCAGUGUACAUGAAAGAAGGCUUCCGAUUGGCUGAUGGACUAGAUGAUCUUCCAGAGAUCCUCCAUGUUUUAGACUCAUUCAGUAGCUCCAAUAAGCUUCUGGAUGAGAGGAAGUGGGCCGUAUGGAGUGGUGGACUGGUUGCCAAUGUGUGCGGUCUGCUGCUGGACGGCCACAGUCUGGUGUUCCAGAACACGGGGGGGAGGGUCCUGGUUACCAGGGAACUGGAUCUCUCCAAGGCAACUACUGUCCAGUUUUACCUUUGGUUAGGCUGUGACUCAACCCCUCCUGAUCCUGCCACUCCCCCAGUCUAUGCCCAAUACUCGGUGAACGGGGGCAUCAUUUGGCACAACAUUGAGCAGUUUGAUUUCAACACGCACAGCAACAGACCGUCAUACAUUGUGCUCUAUCUGCCUGAAAGUUCACGCUCCAAGGCCACCCAGUUUAGAUGGUGGCAGCCUUCUAAAAAUGGAACGUACAUGGAGGACUGGGCUAUAGAUGAGAUGCAACAACAAUUUUUAUGGAAUGUCCCACUUUGGACCUGAACAAGUUUGGCAUGAUGUGUGAUCUACAUAGAUGGGGAUCAUGAGGGAGAAGACAUGCUGGCAGAUGACCCUGAGUCCCCUAGGGACCCCAUCUGGACCUUGACCCCAGGGGCAGUCAUAGAACCUGUGUGUGGAUCAACCUUUGAUGCCUUGCAUUUCAC